CCCCAGGAGCUGUCUUCCCUGCAGCCUCCAGCCCCGGCAUGGCGCUACGCUACGUCCCCGGACUCUCUCUGCUGUUGGUGCCGCUGCUGGCGCGGCUCUCGGCCGGGGACUGCCCGUGCUCAGAGGCUGCGCUCUGCCGACCGAUCCGCUCUCGCCGCGACUUGGAGGUCUUUGUAUUUGAUGUUGGACAGAAAACCUGGAAAUCUUUUGACUGGUCACAGAUUACAACUGUGGCAGUUUUUGGAAAAUAUGACUCAGAACUUAUGUGCUAUGCUCAUUCAAAAGGAGCCAGAGUAGUGCUGAAAGGUGAUGUCUCCCUGAAGGAUAUCAUUGAUCCUGCCUUCAGAGCAUCAUGGAUAGCUCAAAAAGUUGAUUUGGCCAAAACACAACAUAUGGAUGGAAUUAAUAUAGACAUAGAACAAGAAGUUAAUUGUUCAUCACCUGAAUAUGAAGCAUUGACAGCUUUGGUCAAAGAAACCACAGAGUAUUUCCAUCAUGAGAUUGAAGGCUCACAGGUAACCUUUGAUGUAGCUUGGUCACCAAAGAAUAUAGACAACAGGUGCUAUAAUUACACUGGGAUUGCGGAUGCCUGUGACUUUCUCUUUGUGAUGUCUUAUGAUGAGCAAAGUCAGAUCUGGUCAGAAUGUACUGCAGCAGCCAAUGCUCCCUACAAUCAGACAUUAACUGGAUACAGUGAUUACAUCAAGAUGGGCAUUAGCCCUAAGAAACUCGUAAUGGGUAUUCCCUGGUAUGGCUAUGAUUACCUCUGCCUGAAUCUCUCAGAGGAUGAUGUUUGUACCAUUGCAAAGGUCCCUUUUAGGGGGGCUCCCUGUAGCGAUGCUGCAGGGCAUCAGGUGCCCUACAAAGCAAUCAUGAAGCAAGUAAAUAGUUCUGUCUCUGGAAGUCAAUGGAAUAAAGACCAGCAAGCUCCUUACUAUAACUACAAGGACCCUGCUGGCCAUUUUCAUCAAGUAUGGUAUGACAACCCCCGGAGCAUCUCACUGAAGGCAGCGUAUGUUCAAGACUAUGGCUUGCGGGGCAUUGGCAUGUGGAAUGCAAACUGUCUUGACUACUCAGAUGACACUCUAGCCAGAGAGCAAACAAAAGAAAUGUGGGGAGCCUUAAAGCCAAAGCUGUGAUGCCAAGGAGCACUUCUGUCAGACUAGUAGAUUUCCAGGACUGAGCUGUAUAAGUACAUCUAACUUUUUGAAGAGAUAAAAACAUAUAUUUUUGUCAUGUUUUGCCGUAACUCACUUAAUGGUAUACUCAAUACACAGAUAAGAAAUAAAGAAAUUCUUCAUUUGCACUUGAAAAAUACAUACAUUUCUUAAAUAUCCAGGAAUAUAAAAGCAAAAAACAAGUCAACUUACUCUAUUAAAUAUUCCUCAAUGUUUCAAGACUAUAAUUUAAUUAUAAAAAUCGCUUUCAAAAUUUCAUGCUGGAUUUUCCUUCCUGGUAUUAACAUAUUCUGUAAAAAUGAAUACAGGUUUAAAAUUGUGUGUAACUAGUGGCUUGGUGUGGAUAGUGGGGUUGCUGUGAUUCCCUGUAAGAAGAAUAUGCUGCUGCUCUUCACUCUUUACUCUCCACACUCAUUCCCGGUCCUUCACUUUUAUCCACUCACUCUUGACUACUUUCUUUUUCAUUUGCAUUUUGCUAUUAAGCUACCUAAGAACAUUAUUCUCUCAACUUGUUCCUUUUUACUAAAAGUUUAAUAUUGUGAAAAUAAAUUUCUAAAUGUAAAA